AUGUACAGAAACUUGAGUAGCAGAGUACUUCGGCGCAACCUCUCGUCGUCUCUCGUCACGAGAAACUUAUUUGGCGGAGGCAAAAUGGUGGGAUCGACCCAGAAUAUGGCACCGUCCAAUAAACUGGAGACUGCCAGUAAUCCGGCUGACCUUUUGAAGAGAAACGACAUCUUGAUGUACUCGCAGAAGCCAAUCAACUAUAUCGAGUCGGUCAAGGAGAAUGGAUUCCAUUUGGCCAAUAAUAUUCUCAUCACUUCCCCAAACGAUCAGGGCCAGGAAGUGGGUACGUUGCUCAUUGAGAAUGAGAGUUUUGAGGUGAAUUUGGCAGAUGGAGGUUACAAAUUAGUGAAUGGAUUUAUCGUUGAUUUCAACGCGGAGCAAGUUCUUGCAAUCUUCGGCAAGGUCCACCCAAAACCAGAAAUUGUGGUGGUGGGACUAGGCAGGAAAUCCAGACGUCUUUCUGAUGAAAGCCGGAAGUACUUCUCGCAGUUGGGAAUCCAACUAGAGGUUGGAGACUCACAAAAUGCUGCCAAAAUCUACGAUCUUUUAGCUACUGAGCGGCCAGGAGUGAUAGCUGCAUUGCUCUUACCACCCAACGUUUAG